CCAGCUUUGUCUAAGGAAAAUGCUAGGGAAUGAUACGUUUCAUAGAUUCCAUACUCUUGCCUCUAUCUUGUCUCGCGCUUAUUAGCAUGGCAAGCUGCCUUUGAUAACUCAACCCUUCUCAGCCUGUUCUGAAAUCCAGACUCCCAGUACUUUAUCUUACCUUAUCCUACCUCAGGAUAAUUCUGGCGGUCAACGCCUUAAUAGCCCUCCCACGUCGAUUUCCAUGUUGCACCAGUAGCCCAUCUUCUCAUGUUUUUCGCAUUUUACCUACCUCUGAAGGAGCCACAUUUUCAAUCGAAAGUGUGACGAGCCUUGAGAGUGCGUAUAUUCAAUGAACAAUUGCUUUCGAUCUCAACCAUUUCCGACAAGUGUUAUUGGCUUCUACAUAACCUGUUGCUCACCACGUCAAUCUGAAUUUCGGUACUAGCUGAUACUAAUCACAUUAGGUGCGGAUUACUAUUUGCCUCUGGGUGUAGCAAGUCGGUCAGUUCGCAAGCCCCCUUGGCGGAAAGGCAUGGAUCUCAGCAGGGGAUCCGGAGGUGUGUUUAAACACUCGCUCGGUUCAGUUCCAUAUUCAGCCGAGGAAGAUGAAAUUCCUCUAGACUCUAGCAGUGAAGAAUCUGAUGUUUCUAUGUCUGAUUCUGAACCAGAGGACGUGCAUAAUUCAUUGAUUUCAACUGGUAGCGAACAUAUUUCGACUCAAGCUCAACUACCAGUUCCCGCUAUCCAGCACAAUCAGGAUAUCUCUAGGAAGCGAAAGUCUCAAGAGGCAGAUUAUACUCGUCAUGCAGUCGUCUCGAUCAAGAAAGUAAAGCUAGACGAUGAGUGUUCUAAUCAAACCCCGUCCAUUGUGACCUGUCCGUUAGACAAAUCUCUACUCCCUGCCGAAAUAUGGCAUCGCGUCUUUAUUUUCACUCCUCCAAGAGCUCUAGGCAAUUUGUUGUGCGUCAAUAAGUUGUUCAGCGUAUAUCUCGAUCCGUCCUCUCCCUACCAGUGUAAAUUCCCACCCUCUCUUUCCCAAUCCUCUUCCCGGCUACUUAAGCCUGAUGCUAUAUGGCAACUUUCUAGGAGGCGUUUCUGGCCGAGGAUGCCAACCCCACUGCAGCAGAAGACCGAGCUCUACAUGUGGCGUCUUGCUUGUGGAAGAAGAUGUCAGUUCUGUGGUGAAACCGAUUUGGUGUCGGCAAACUCGUCCCAUAACCAGAGCAAUCGUAGACACCAACCAAUUUGGCCGUUUGCGCUUCGGAGCUGCGAAUCUUGUCUUGUAGAGAAGACAAUGAAGGAGAUUGAUUUGCUACUUUCUUCGACGCCCUCCCUACUGACGUCGGCGUUACCAUUCACUUUUAUCACCAACGAGAAGCACAUAAUUUCACCAGACGCGCUUCAGAAAGGAGUAUUCCGACCAGAUAUGCAAGUCACUAAGGUAUACCUCUCCGAACACGUAGAGAAGCUAAAACAGGAGUUUCUUUCCGCCAAAUCAAUGGGCGGUGCGACGGCUGAAGAGUGGCUAAAAGGCUUAGAGGCUCGAGGAAAAGAACUACUUAAUGAUUCUAUGCGAUGGGAGAAAUGGGCCUCAACUGGCGGAGUAGCUCAGAUGCAAACCCCGACGAGUCCAGAUAGUGUUUUGAGUAUGGCUAUUUCAAACAAUAAGGGACAAGUCUCAGCAGAUUCUUCGUUAGCCCCCAACCCCCUUUCAAGUUCAAGUAGUAUAGCUGGACAACAUACGUCUGAUUCGGGUCAUGUUGCCUCCGUUAUAAUAGCGCCUCAAUCCGCGCGUACACCCGAAGUUACUUCUCCACAUGAACUUGGGGCCGGUAUUCCUUCGCUACCAAUUAAUGUUCAAUCUAAUGGAUCUCGUACCCGGACUCGGGAGGAGGCGUUAGAGCUUAAAGCUGCUCGUCGCACAGAAAUUGAGCGACGGGCGAUGGAACUCAACCCACCUUUACCGUCCAAUGUAUUAGAACAUAUUCCAGCCUUCCAAGCAGCUAUCCAAAUCAUCUCACCUCUUGACGACCACGCAUGGGAUUUACUCAAACCACGCUUGCUUGUACAGAGAACUGCCGCGGAACAGCGUGAACGACGUGAACAAGGGGUUCCUCCUACUCAGUCCGGUCUCGUCUCGGCGAUUCCUGAAGAACGUGACCAGACUGAAGAAAAUGCGAUAGUAAAUAAGCAGCUCAUCGACAAGGCUUGGGAUGAUGUUCAGGAGCCGCUACGCGCGCAGAUAUCCGCAUUUGCUGACGAGAUCAUCCGCGAUAGUUGGAACGAUGGUCGAAAGGUUGAUACGGAUAAUAGCCCACAAUUCGCCGCCGAGGUUCUUCUACAUGUCCGUAAAAGAUUCUACGCGGAAAUUGAAAAGGAGUCAGCCGCGGCACGAGCUGCCGGCAGAGAGCCGCUUGAAGACCCUCCAGAAGGGCCAUUUACGCAAAAGCUCACCCUUGAGAAUAUGAAGUGGCUAUUCGACGUAAAGAUAAAACCUCACACCGAGUCUUAUCGGAAGGACCUCUUCUUCUGUAACGGUUGCGAAAUUAACUUCAAGGCCUUUGGGUUCGAAGGCGUUAUUCAGCACUAUGCUGCUAAGCAUACGAAUGCUCUUAGUCAAGGUAGCGUUGUGGUCCACUGGCGGGCUGAGUGGCCAGAGAUCCCGCCCUUUAAGCCCGACCCUCACAUCGUUAAGCCUGCACCACCUAUAUCGACCUACGAAACCAUGCAGCCCCAGGGUAAUGCCUAUCCCUACCGUCGCAAUGCUGGCUCUUAUUCCACCGGCUCAAAUCCGUCGCCCUUCCAGCCAUCUCCAUACACUGCUGCGCCUCCAAGCUAUGGGCAUCCAGCAUAUGGACCGACGAUGCAACAGCCGGCUCCAUACGGGUAUGGAAUCCCCUAUAUCCAAGGACCACAUGAAUAUAAUUCUCCUUAUCCUCGCCAUGGACCACCCUAUACACCAUACGAAGCCCCUUACCGUGGCUUACAUCCGCCUUUUUCUCCUGGGAUGCAAACUGAGCCGCCUACUUAUCCUCACAGCUACAAUAUGCCUCAAAAUAAUUCCCAGAUAAGCUCUCAAAGCCCCCAUGGGAAUUUUCUUGCUGGCAAAUAUCGUACUGAGCUUGAAUAUUUAGCACGAAAUUCACGCGAGCUCUGGACCUCCACAGCUGGUUUAAAAGAGCUCCCAGGAAAUAUCAGGGUUCAUGUUGUCAUCUGGCAUGUGGUGCAAAAAUUUCGGUCCAAGUUCCACGAGAGCCCCCCAUUGUCCAUGUUCAUCGACGGGCUCUCAAACAAUAAGGAGAUGCGUCCAGUACGCAAUGUCAACGGCUUAAUGUGCAAAGCAUGCCACCUUGGUCUGAGUAAUGAAGCACCGACCGAACAGGAUCUCAAGGCAUUUUCCCUGCCACAGCUGGUAACCCAUUUUCAACAAAGGCACGUGGAUCAACCGCAAAUGGCAGGCGUCCCUUUUCUUGAUUGGACUAUCAACAUGGUUCAUAUGCCAGAUCUCUCUGCGCUAUCUAGUCUUCAGUACUUGACGAAUAUAGAUGGCCAGAAAUAUUCAUUGAUAUAUAGUGCUUUUCCGUCAGCGCAGUAUCCCAACAGCUACCGACAAGCUGUAUCUGCUGUUGAUAACCGAGCAGAUGUCGGAGCUGGGGCUUUUGCUAGUCGGCAGCCGACUAGUAGCGACUCAAUAUCACUUUACCCUACAGUUAGGCAUGAUGAAGCCAACUCUAGCAUACAACAAGAUCCCCCACGACCUACUACACUAGGCCAGAAACUAGAUUUCAAUCAGCUGAUGGCUAUAGACAGCUCUUCUCUAACAGCGCACCAGAAACUGCAGCAUAGUGACUCGGGCCGGUCCUCCUCAGAAGCAUGGCAGGGGACUAAUGCGGCAAGGACAAAGAAGCAGAGGAGAUCUUCCACCAAAGAUCGUCGAAACACUUCCAGCCAGGGUUCUAGGGGCCGUAAGAGUGGUGCAUUAGAUACAUCAUCUAGGGUCAAAUCACAAGAACCCAGUGAGGGAGACCUAAUCACGGAAGAAGAACGUCGCCAAGAAGAGGAAAUUCGAGCAAUGUGGGCUGCAGACCGCAGGGAGGCUGCACUGGUUGCUUCUAAGAACAAGCCUCCGAAUCAAAUUGAAGAGCCUAACACUCCGAACGGAAAAUCGGAAACAGGAAGUCCAAUAAGUCAUUAUGCUCCACCGGCUCAAAGUAUUGAACCAUCGAUAUAUGUAGCACAAGCUGCAAGACCUCAGCAACCUACAAUUGCCCAGGAACGCGACGAAGAUGAUCUGAUGGCUGGUCUGGAAUCUCAACUUGAUCAACAGCAAGUAUUGAAUGGACGUUUCGACUAUCGACCACGGCAUGACAGCGAUCUUCAUGAGAGGCAACCACCCUACAGACAAUAUUUCGGUUCUGGGCAGCAUACCUAUCCUGACCAAGGACAUUUUUAUGACCGAACUACCUUGGAACCCCCUGGAUAUGUUCGGCACGAAUCAAGAACUCGCCUUGAUCAGUAUCAGGAAAAUGACGUUGGCCCUCGUGCUAUUAACCCAACCCACGGGUCUACGCGUACUACAGCGCCUCUAGAUGACGCGUUAUAUGACCGACCUCCACGCCAGGAAUAUUAUCAUGUAUACACUAAUGACAAUCGAGCACAUCAACCCGCCCCCGAAUAUGCUACAACCUAUGAAAUCGUUAGGGUCCGGGAUUCCCACGGCGAGUACGUAAUCAAAAGACCUAUUACACUUGAGCGAGAACCUACCUACACCACAUCCCAGGAUGGGCCUACCCCUUAUAAUGAUGCUACGGCGCGAUAUAGGUCUUACGGAAAUGAAUCUGACUUGAGGACCGAGCCACCUCCGCGACAACCUACAUACGAGGCAAGCUUCAGGGAGGAAGGUAGUAUAACCAAGAGAACCUACGAAGCAUUCUCAAGAGAUGACGCCACUGGCUAUGAUGACUACGACCCGAGAUAUCCGUCAGGUCCACCGAACUCCAACAUUGCGCGACAACCCCGAUAUCAGUAACCACAGUUUACAAAGGAUGGUCAAGCAUAGUUAUAUCUAAUGUUUAGUACUUAUGAAAUACCACUCUUCCUAUGCACCAGUGGGCCAGUAUGCAAAUCACGAGACAAGGAUUUCAAGACAGAUAAGCUUGAACUUAGAGCAAGGCCUAUUCAACUGAAAGACUUAAAAAUAUAAAUAUUUUACGAUCAUGUAUGAGUACCGAUUUACUACCAAAACCAGUCCGUCGUAAUCUAUUGUGAUUAUUGUCC